AUGGCUGAAAGGGCAGUAGGAGGACGAGCGAUUGGGAUUGAUUUAGGAACGACAUACUCAUGUGUAGCAGUAUGGCAGCAUGAUCAUGUAGAGAUUAUUGCUAAUGAUCAAGGAAAUCGCACAACACCUUCUUAUGUUGCUUUUAAUGAUACUCAACGCAUGAUUGGUGAGGCUGCUAAGAAUCAAGUUGCCGUAAACCCUACCAACACAGUCUUUGAUGCGAAACGUUUGAUUGGUAGGAAAAUCAGUGAUAGCUUUGUUCAGAGUGAUAUAACUCUAUGGCCCUUCAAAGUAAUUGCUGGCGCAGACGAGAAACCCAUGAUUCAAGUUAACUACAAGGGCAAGGAUGUACAGUUUUCAGCUGAGGAAAUCUCAUCCAUGGUUCUCACUAAGAUGCGAGAAACUGCAGAAAAUUAUCUUGGUUCAACAGUUAAAAACGCUGUUAUCACAGUCCCUGCUUACUUUAAUGAUUCUCAGCGUCAGGCUACUAGGGAUGCUGGUACCAUCGCUGGCCUUAAUGUAAUGCGGAUUAUCAGUGAACCAACAGCUGCUGCAAUUGCUUACGGUCUUGAUAAGAGGGCAACCAAUGUAGGUGCAAAGAAUGUUCUUAUUUUUGAUCUUGGCGGCGGAACUUUUGAUGUUUCGAUACUCACCACUAAAGAGGGUACCAUUGAAGUUCAGGCUACAGCUGGAGAUACCCAUCUUGGAGGAGAGGAUUUUGAUAAUAGAAUGUUAAGUCAUUUUGUUCAGGAGUUUAGGAGGAAGCAGAAGAAGGAUAUUAGUGGAAACCCAAGGGCUCUUAGGAGGGUGAGAACUGCAUGCGAGAGGGCAAAGAGGACCCUGUCAUCUACUCCACUGACAACCAUUGAUAUUGAUGCUUUGUAUGAAGGAAUCGAUUUUCACGCAUCCAUCACUCGUGCGAAAUUUGAAGAGCUAAACAUGGAUUUGUUCAUGAAAUGCCUGGAACCCGUUCAGAGAUGUUUAACGGAUGCUAAGAUGGACAAGAGCGCUGUUCAUGAUGUUGUCCUCGUUGGUGGUUCCACUAGAAUUCCAAAGGUUCAAUCUCUAUUACAAGAUUUUUUCAAUGGGAAGGAACUUUGCAAGAGCAUCAACCCUGAUGAAGCUGUGGCUUAUGGUGCCGCCGUGCAAGCUGCUAUUUUGAGUGGUGAAGGAAAUGAGAAGGUGCAGGACUUAGUGUUGCUGGAUGUAACCCCUCUUUCUCUUGGUAUUGAAGCAGAUGGAGGUGUUAUGAGUAUUAUUAUCCCAAGGAAUACCCCAAUUCCCGCCAAGAAGGAAAAAGUGUUCACCACUGCAAAGGACAACCAAACUGGUGUUAGUAUUAAGGUGUAUGAGGGUGAGAGAACUCAAACCAGUUUCAAUAACUUGUUGGGUGAGUUUGCGUUGAAUGGAAUUCCUCCAGCACCCCGCGGUGUUCCUAAGAUCACAGAAUGCAUCGAAAUUGACGCAGACGGUAUAUUAACCGUGUCUGCUAGGGACAACACAUCAUGGAGCAAUAAUAAGAUUACAAUUACAAAUAACAAGGGGAGGUUGUCGAAGGCCGAGAUUGAGAGGUUGGUCCACGAGGCAGAAAAAUACAAGUCAGAAGAUUUGGAACACAUGAAGAAGGUGAAGUCGAGGAACACCUUCGAGAAUUAUGCAUAUGAUAUGAGGAACACAAUCGAUAAUAUGGGAGAGAAGCUAGCAUUUGACUUAAAGAAGAAGAUUGAGGACGCAAUCAAGGAUGCCAUUCAAUGGUUGGAUAGCAAUGAAGUAGGUGAAAUAGACGAUAUUAACGAGAAGAUGAAGCAGUUGGAGAAUGUAUGCAAUCCUAUCCUAAAUAAGAGGCACAAGCUGGGAAGAUCUGGUGUCGAGGAAAUAGACUUGAAUUCUUCUCCUUUUUUCUGA